AUUCAAAUUCCAUGCACAAAAAAAACUCUUCUACAAAAAAUUCUAGCAACAAUGGCCACUAAGAGAAACACUUCACUUGCUCUAUUCCUUUCCCUCAACCUACUCUUCUUCACGUUGGCCACUUCUUGGACUCCGCCGAGCCCUAAACCGAGCGCCUCGUGCCCUAGAGAUGCCCUAAAACUCGGCAUCUGUGCCGACCUACUAGGCAGCCUUCUCAACUUGACAAUUGGGACACCUCCGACAACGCCAUGCUGCAGCCUCAUCGAGGGGCUGGUUGAUCUCGAGGCUGCGGUCUGCCUUUGCACUGCGAUUCGGGCUAACAUUUUGGGGAUUAACCUUAAUGUCCCACUCUCUCUCAGCUUGCUCCUCAAUGUGUGCAACAAGAAUGUGCCCAAGGACUUUGUCUGUGCUUAGUGGCAAAGCAUGUUUGCUUGACUUUGAUGUUACCUCUGGUUUGAGUGGUUUUAUUAUUAUUGUGCUUGUUUGAGAUGUCUUCAAUAAAAGUAAUUAAUGUGUAUUGGGAUUUA